AUGCUGUGCCGCGCGCUGCUCCGCCGCGCCGCCGCCGCGCCCGCCCGUGAGUACCGCGCCUCCCGUCCGGUACCGCGCCUCCCGUCCGGUCCCGCGCCUCCCCGCCGGUCCCGCUCCUCCCCGCCGGUCCCGCGCCUCCCCGUCCGGUCCCGCGCCUCCCCGUCCGGUCCCGCGCCUUCCCGUCCGGUCCCGCUCCUUCCCGUCCGGUCCCGCGCCUCCCCGUCCGGUCCCGCGCCUCCCCGUCCGGUCCCGCGCCUCCCCGUCCGGUCCCGCGCCUCCCCGUCCGGUCCCGCGCCUCCCCGCCGGUCCCGCGCCUCCCGUCCGGUCCCGCGCCUCCCCGCCGGUCCCGCGCCUUCCCGCACGCCCUCCCUUCCCCAUCCAUCCCCGGCCGCCCGCACAGCCGCGGCGGCCGCCUUGCGGCUCGUGGCGCCCGAGCCUGUGGGGUCUGAGGCGCUUACGGUCCGUCUGUCCCGUUGUAGGUCGGUCCUCAGCGCUUCCCCUGCAGCAUCUCUUGGACAGCUACCAGUGCAGCCGAGAAGAUGA